AUGGAUGUAAAGCUAAAAGAUCGGGACUUCUGGUACAGGCUCCAUGGCCAAGUCCCCGGGAUGCUGGAGUGGGACAUGGGAAAUGAAUUUUUCCUGCCUUGUACCACAGAUCAGUGCUCUUUGGCUGAGCAGAGUCUUGCCAAAUACAAAAUUCAGCUGCUAAAACCACCAGCACUGCCUCAGGAGAGGAAGCCCAACCCUGAUGAUGAUGGUCCUCCCACUGAACCCAGCUUGUGGAUGUGGGUGAAUCCCAACAUUGUGUGCCCCGCCAAUAGCAAAGAGGCUCCAAAUCCCAGUCAUAAAGUCCUGCCAAGUGCACCAGUCCCAAAGACUGAGUCUAGCUGCUUAGGGACUCAGAGAAUGAUGCAGUCCUUGUCUUUUCUCCACACUGAGCAUUAUCAGCAACCAAAGCUGUCCAUGUUCUCCAACGACUCUGAUUUCAUAGAUGAGGAGACUGAGGAACAGGAAUGCACGUCCUCUAACAAAUACAACUGGAAGCCCCACACACUGUACCCUGAGAAGCAGUCCUGGCCACGCCCUCCUCUCAACUACAGCCAUCUAGUUGCUCUAGCGUUAAAAAGCAGCCCUUCCUGCAGCCUCAAUGUGCAGCAGAUCUACAAUUUCACUCGACAACAUUUCCCCUAUUUCCGGACAGCACCAGAGGGCUGGAAAAACACCAUUCGCCACAAUCUCUGCUCCCUGACCUGCUUUGAAAAGGUGCCAGUCCCCCUUGAGGAUGACAUGGAUGGAAAACCUCGCUCUUUUCUCUGGAAGCUCACCGAUGAGGGACACCGCUUCUUUCAGGAGGACACCCGUGUCUUGGCCUAUGCUCGAAAGGAGAGCAUCAAGCAGUGCAUGCGCCAACCAGAGCUGAUAGACCUUCUCUUUCAUUUUUAA